UAUAAAAGCAACACCCAGUCGCUUUCCAAGCCAUUCCUCAUUCUUUGUCUUUUUGGUCCGCUCACUCUGCAGAAUGAAGAAGCUGAUCCUCGACGUUGACACUGGAGUCGAUGAUGCUCAGGCCAUCAUGAUUGCCCUCACUGCUCCAGAUGUGGAGGUUUUGGGGAUCACCUGCUGCCACGGCAACACUCCUCUGGAGAACGUCCUCACAAACACCCUGCGUGUCCUGAAAGUCUGCAACAGGCUGGAUAUUCCAGUCUAUAAGGGUUUGUCAAAGCCUCUGCUGGCCAGAAAACAACAUGCAUCAGAUUAUCAUGGGAAAGACGGACUCGGUGAUGUCCCAGACCCAGAUGCUCCAGGUGUGGAGCUGCUGCAGAAGAAGAGAGCUGCACAGGCAAUGCUUAAAAUUGCAAGGGAAAAUCCAGGAGAGGUGAUCCUUGUGGCUACUGGACCCCUGACUAACCUUGCAGUCGCUGUGCAGCUGGACCCUUCCUUCCCCAAAAAACUGAAAGCGCUCUACAUCAUGGGAGGAAACACUGAAUCUCGGGGUAACACCACUUCAUGUGGAGAGUUCAACUUCGUGGCCGAUCCUGAAGCGGCUUUCAUCGUUUUGGACCGCUACACCUGUCCCACCUACAUCGCUGCGUGGGAGUUCAGCUGCAAGAGCAGCCUCUCAUGGUCUUUCUGGGACAAGUGGCUGUCCAUAAAGACAGAGAAGGCUGCCUUCAUCAGGAAGAUAUCAGAUCUUUCAAUGAAAAAAGCUCGUUCAGAGGACUAUCAAAAAGAAGUAAUAGCUGGGCAAGGCUUCAAUCCCUGCGACGUGUUCGCGCUUGCCGCUGCGGUCGAUGACGGAUUCAUAAUUGAGAGUGAGAAGGUGGCAGUGACAGUGGAGCUGAAUGGGAUACACACCCGGGGUAUGAUGGUGCUGGACCACAUAGAGCACCUGAAGAAGGAGCACAAGGCCGUCAUCAUGAAAACAGCCGACCUGGAGAAGCUGAAGAAAAUGCUGUACGACGCCGUAAAGUAGAAACAUCAUCAUGUAACUCGAGAAGAACCUGAAAUGAGUUUUUGGGUUUCAAUAUACACCACCAUUUAAGGCAAACAUUUUCCUAUAUCUUUCAGCCAGCAUUAAUCUGCAUAAAGAAGAACAAUUUGGUUGCGUUAACAACUGAUUGGGUCUUUUUUUUCUUGUUCAUAUUUUCUUUAUAUGUUGAACUUAAAAAUUUAACCCUGUUUUUUGAAAACCAGGCAAUUGGUUGCUCUGGAUUAUAUUUUAGAAUUAAGACAAUACAACCAGGUGAAUGUUUAAUUUUUUAUCCUACACUGACAGAUUUUUAUGCGUUUUAAUAAACAGAAAAUGUUUUGGAGGAUGCAGAACAAUAGUUGCAAAAUUAAACCUUUGCUUUCUUAUUCA